AUGAGCCCCCCAAUCGCCGUCGUAGUCGGAGCCCUGGGCGCCCAAGGUUCCGGCGUGGUCUCCGCUCUACUCGCCUCCACCAAGCCCUACAAAAUCCGAGCCCUAACAUCCAACAUCGCGUCUCCAGACGCGACCCGUCUCGCGAAUAGUAGCCCUGAAGUCGAGGUCGUAAAAGCGGACCUAGCUUCCGUCGACAGCCUGGUAUCUGCGUUCAAGGGCGCGACCUUCAUCUUUGCCAACACCGUCUUCCGCGCGGAGGUGUUCAUGACGCAGGGCGCCGAGGCAGCGCAAAAGCUAGAAGCAACUCAGGGAUUGAAUCUCGUGCGGGCUGCGUCUGAAGUUGCCAAAUCGGGGACGUUGAAGCAUUUGAUUUGGUCGACGCUUUCUAAUGCAGAGAAGACGUCUAGCGGGAAAUACAAGAUUCCGCAUUUUCAGUCCAAGGUCCCUGCUGAUGAGUUUAUACUUGACGAAGCGAAUGGACUGAAGGAUAAGACGACAUUUGUGCGGGUUGGGAUGUAUGGAUCGAAUCUGAAACGAAUUCCCUAUGUGCCUGUUUAUGUGAAAGGGGCAAAUAAGUAUAUAAUAUCAUUUCCCUGCUCGUCAUCAGCACUUAUUCCCAUGGUUGGAGACGAGACAACCAAUGUCGGCCUGAUAGCCAAUGCCAUCUUCCAACAGCCUGAAAAGACGAUUGGAAAGUAUGUCCUCGGCGUCGGGGACUAUCUCACGCCGAAUGGGUGGGCAGACGCGCUCUCAAAGGCCUUGGACGCCGAUGUGACUUUUUUGGAGACGAGCAUGGAGAGUUACGAGGGCCUCUGGGGCCCAAUCGGUACAGAGAUCGGGUUGAUGAUGAAGUAUAUAGAUGAAUUCGGGAAGGGGAGCUAUACGAUGGGCUUGACUGAGGAUCAGGUCGUUGCUCCUAGCGAUCUAGGGGUGCAGAAUCAGCUGCGAAGUACGGAAGAUUCGUUGAAGAGGCUCAAUUGGAAGGAAGUUUUGGCGUGA